AUAACUAUAAUGCCAGUGUGAAAAAAACAGAUGUAAAAUGGUUGUAGGAGCCAGCUUUGUUCAUGGUUUAGAUAAAAAUUUGAUUUUUGUUUGUUUUGCUGUUACUUUGAAUGUAUUUCUGUUUUAUUGUCUGACCUUUGAGCCCACCACUGUGGAGUCUGUAAGAGCAUAAAGGUGACAGAUCACAUGACAUUUACUGAUUCAUUCGGUUUCACCAAAACAAUACUUUUUUUUGGUAUUAUUUUCCUUAUAUCUUAUAUCUUCAUGCAUUAAUUUCCACCCUGGAUUAUGUUCUCAGUUUUUAUCAUCAUCCUCAAUAGAUGAGAACAAAAGACUGUUGUGACAUGGAUAAUAUUCUUGAUGCACGUCAAUGCCUCCACCUAAAGGACGACUAAAUAAUUGACUUGAUAGUCACUGCCAUGGCAUAUACGACGUUGUUUGACUAAAGUACUCCUAUGUUUUUUUUUUUUUUUAGAGUUUUAGCAUCCUGGUAAGAAGAUGACACUCACCAAACCUAAGCUGUUUGGUAAUGACGACUUGGAGAAAUGGAAAGAAAUUGGAUCUGGAGGUUUUAGCAACGUCUACAAAGUGAAACAUAAAAGUAUGGGACAUGAUUUGGCCAUCAAAUUUCUUCGCCCUGGUGUUAGUGGCAACAUAGAGGAAGCCCUUUUUGAGGAGGCGAAGCAUUUGGAAGAAUUCUCCUCUGACUACGUUCUGAGGAUCUACGGACUGUACCAAGGAAUCCCACCCCUGUUUCCAGGCAUGUCACCACAAAAGGGGAUAGUCAUGGAGUUCAUGCAAAGAGGAUCUAUUGAAACCCUUCAGAAGAUAUUGUGCGGUCCUCCACCUCUGCCUCUUGCUUUCCGUUUGGCCCACGAAGUGGCUUUAGGGAUGAACUUCCUCCAUUCAAAGCGUAUUUUGCAUCGGGACCUAAAGCCAAGCAACGUGAUGUUGAAUGAUAACCUAAACUCCAAGCUGGCAGAUUUUGGUCUUUGCACUUAUUCCACCAGUGCUUCCAACGUCAGCACAGACGUGGAUAGUGGAGGAACACUGAGGUACACACCACCUGAGGCUUUUGAUGUGAACUACAAACCUGUGCGCUCAUUUGACUUGUACAGCUACGGUAUCCUCCUAUGGUCAAUUCUUUCUGGUCAAGAGCCUUACAGAGGUGUCUGGCCAUGUAUUGUGACAUUGAAGGUCCCACAGGGGGACAGGCCAGCUGUCGAAGACAUUCAGCAGAAGGAUGCGGAGGGGAUGAACGAGUUGUUGGAGCUCAUGAAGAAGUGUUGGGAUGGGGAACCAUUCAAGAGACCAACUUUCAAAGAGUGUGUUGAAAUCUCAGAGAGGGGGUACUUGAUGCACAGAAGAGGAAUUUAUGAGGCAGUCUUUGGGGUCUUAAAAAAGUUGGAUGUGGACUGCAUGGAACCCAAUGAGACAAAUGCAGGGCCAAGUUUGAUUUGUUCUGAAGUAGAUGGAGGGAUAAAAAGCAGAGCUGCUUCCUUAGGCACUCCACCUGAGAAAGCACAAUCAAUACAUAGAAAAUCGGCAUGGUCCCUCAAAGAAGAAACAAAGACAGGAUCUCCAGAAAAGAGAGUUCAGCUGCCUCAGACUAAACUGGAGCCCUUUCAAGACAAAAAAACUCCACUCCGUACAGACACUAGCUGGAUCCGUCACCCCACUACCACCCCUACCAACAAGAAGACUUAUACUCCACCGAAUCAUGAGACAGUGAGUGCCAAAAGGAAAUGCACCUUUUGUGACAUGCCAUUAGGAAAGGGGGCCGCCAUGAUCAUCCAAUCCCUUGGACAAAUAUACCAUCUGCAUUGUUUUAAGUGUUUUAAAUGCAAGGAAAGUCUUGAAUCAACAAAGGCAGAAAACCCUGUCAGAAUCAAAGAUUAUCAACUUUAUUGCGCUGAAUGCUACAAAAAAGUCAAAGCUGGAGAACAGAAGAUGUGAGAGUCCUGCGGCCAAAAAGGAAAUGUUCUGUAUCUUCAGACAACAGAUAUUGAUCCCAUUUGAGAACCUUAAAGGGUUUUUUAAAGAGGAAUUAAGCAAAUUAAAAAAUGAAGGCAUUCAUAAAGACAUGGUGGGUCCCAUCAGGUUUUACGAAUAGAUAUUUUUUCAGUCUUUCCAAUACAAUUUGGUUCUUAAAACAUAAAUGUAAUAUAUGUUUUGUAAAAGUGUUUCUAAGUGAAGGAAAUAACAGAUGACAGUGAACAGAAGGGUUAAUCAAAGCUGCUGUUGCAGGGAUUCAUUACAAACCGCCAAAUGGCGAGCAUCAUGAGGAGUUCAUGGUCUCGUCUGCAAGCAAUGGUGUUCUUACCUCUUCAGUCAGUCACCUCGUUCAGGUUCCAUGCAUAUUUUGUGUCUCGUAAUAGUGUUUUUCAACCAUUGUGUUGCAGUGACUUAUUCUGUUUCACCUAAUUGUUCUAAAAAAUAUAUUAUUGCUGGGAUGUCAGCUUUAUGUUCAUCCAAACAUGCCAUGGUUCACGCCAAAAUAUGAAGGAACAUAUUUUUUUCUUUGUGUUUAUUUGAUUCAUACUCAAGAUAGUUUGAUUAACACGACUGUAGAUUGUUAAAACUGAGUUUUAAUUUUAUAAGUAUUUCACUAUGAUUUUUAUCAAGAAAAAGUAUAAUUUAUCUUAAAAACUGAUAAAAAAUAUAUACUAAAAUUCUAAAGCCUUUCAGCUCUUUUGAAAUUAAUACAAAACAACAAUUAAUAA